GACACUGCGCGCCAGUAUGCCCAUUGCAUUGUGACACCUUCAGCGUCAGCCAAAAAGAGGACGUAAACAAGAAAGACUUCAUUCGGAAGAAGGGGGUUUACUUGAAAGAACUCAUAAUGAACGCGGAUACGGAACAGCCCCCUACGUCCAAUAUUAUGGACUCGUCCAGCUUCUCUCUCGUCCUUUUCAACAAUGUGGAGGCGGCUUACCCCCCCGGUCAGCCGGUCAAGUGCGAAUAUACCAUCACGGCCUUGCUGACACCCAGCGGAAAGGACUGGGUCGGCAUUUUCAAGGUCGGCUGGACCACCACAAGAGAUUACUACACCUUCCUGUGGGCUCCUCCUCCCAGCCACUACCAGGAGCAGCCACAGGCAGAGCAGCAUCUGGUCUUCCAGGCAUACUACCUGCCCAAGGAGGAUGGCGAGUUCUAUCAGUUCUGCUAUGUGGACAGCAGAGGGCUGGUCAGGGGGGCCAGCACCCCUUUCCGUUUCCAGGGGGCCCCCGAGUCCAGCCUGGAGGCCGACCUGCUCUUGGUCACCACACAGGAGCAAGUGGAAGAGAUCGAGAAGGAGACAGAGGAACUGAGGAGAGAGAUCAGCCGGCAGAGCGAGACCAUCGCUACCCUGAAGAGGGAGCUGGAGGACAGGCUGCUGGAGCUGAAGAAGAGCCAGGAGUCGGUAGAGAAGCUGGGCUCUGAGGUGUCGAAGCUGCAGAAGGAGAGCGAGUUGGAGAGGCAGGGGAGGGAGGCUGUGCUCACCCAGCUGGGAGAGAUGGAGGCCAGGCUGGCCAGGACAGAGAAGCAGAGGCUGGAGAGCUUCCGAGAGAAAGAGGAACUGCAGCAGACUCUCACAGCUCUGACAGACAGGGAGAACAAGUUGGUCGCGAAGGCCAAGCAGUUUAGAGCAGAGAAUGAGGAGCUCAAGAAGAGGAACAGCCAGGCUGAGGAAGAGAUCAACAGGCUGAGAGAGAGUCUGACUGAGCUGCGGCUUGGGAAGACACAGGCUGAGUCAGAGCUGAAGAAACUGCAGGACCAGAGACAGCUGCUGCAGUUCGACCUGGUCAGUGUGCAGAGGGAGAAUGUGGAGCUGGCGGGAGAGCUGCAGAAUGCCAGGGGGACCGCUGAGAGUCUGGCGGGACUGCGCUCGGAGAACCAGGAGCUGAGGAGAGUACUCGAGGAGAAGAGAGAGAAUCCUGAGAUGCAGGCGCUGUGCCGUAAGCUGAAGCUGCAGCUGCAGGAAGCACAGGCGCUGGCGAGAUCAGAAACGCAAAGGGCGGACUGCGCCCAGCAGGAACUGACCUCGGCACGGUGCAUUCACGAGAGGGAGGGGGCGGAGCGGCAGAAGAUGGAGGAGGAGCUCCAGCAAUGGAAACACGGGUUCGAGAGCAUCAAGAACCAGCUUGACAAGACACAGAUACUGCUGUCAGAGAGCAGAGAGCAACAGGAGGGCGAAGCCACGAGGUCUCAGAUUCAGCAGCUAGAGAUCGAAGACCUGAAGCAGGCCAACGAGGACCUCCACAUGGAGAUACAGAGGCUCCGUGGGGGGAGGCAGACACAGCACCCUAACCCCUCCACCCCGCCCCACACCCCCCCACCCAGCUGUGAGAACCCCUUAAACACCCCUGCAGGUGAUGCAGGCUCCAUUCCACAGGUGAAGGACUGCCCACUCUGCAGGGCGCAGUUUCCUGGUAUCACUGACGAGGAGCUGGCACAGCACAUUGACAGCCACAUUCAUGUGUGCCCCUUCUGUGGGGACCUGUUUGAGGACCUCACCCAGGAGGAGUUUGAGAGCCACGUCUAUGCGCACGACAACUAAUACCAGCUCCACGGCGCCACCCUUGUGGCGUACAGCAGCAUCGCAACUGCCCCCCUGUCGCGCUUCUUCUAUCUGUAGGUUUUUUUGCGGGUUUUUUCCCCGUCUCGGAAAUCAGCUAAUCGCAGUGAAGCACUGUUAACCCUUUGCCGUCCAUUUAUUUAGGCGCAUCAGGUCCAAUUCAUUUUCACACACGCUGUUUAUUUCACACGCUCUGUUUUAA